AUUUCUCCGAGAUUUUUCUUUGUCAAUCCUAUGCUGAAGGAUUGGUGGGAAGGCAAAGAGAGAAAGUUUGAAGAAAGAAAAGACCAAACCUUUUUCUCACUACGGCACCAACUAACCGUUGAAGCCACAGACAGAGAUUCAGAGGGAAAAGAUGUCAGCUGCUUCACUUUGCUCAUCAACUCUCAAGUCCCAGAUCAGUGGACUUGGUGGAGGUCUUAAGCUUAAAAAACCAUGUCUUUCUCAGCCCACUUCUCUUACCUUCACAAGGAAGAAAUGUAAGACUGUGGUGAAGGCUUCAGCUCGGGUUGAUAAAUUCUCAAAAAGUGAUAUCAUUGUUUCUCCAUCUAUUCUUUCUGCCAACUUUGCAAAGUUGGGAGAGCAGGUAAAAGCUGUAGAGUUGGCAGGUUGUGACUGGAUUCAUGUGGAUGUAAUGGAUGGUCGUUUUGUUCCAAAUAUUACCAUUGGACCUCUUGUAGUUGAUGCCUUGCGCCCUGUGACAGACCUUCCGUUGGAUGUGCAUCUGAUGAUUGUAGAACCCGAGCAGCGAGUGCCAGAUUUUAUCAAAGCUGGAGCCGACAUUGUCAGUGUUCAUGCUGAACAAUCGUCCACCAUCCAUUUACAUCGUUCAGUUAAUAUGAUAAAGAGUCUGGGAGCUAAAGCUGGAGUUGUCCUCAACCCUGGUACCCCACUAACUGCAAUAGAGUACGUCCUUGAUGUGGUUGAUCUGGUCUUGAUUAUGUCGGUAAACCCUGGCUUUGGCGGGCAGAGCUUCAUAGAGAGCCAAGUGAAGAAAAUUUCAGAAUUAAGAAGACUCUGCGUGGAGAAAGGGGUGAACCCAUGGAUUGAAGUGGAUGGUGGAGUUGGUCCAGCAAAUGCAUAUAAGGUUAUUGAGGCUGGAGCUAAUGCUCUUGUUGCCGGUUCUGCUGUCUUUGGAGCUAAAGAUUAUGCUGAAGCUAUAAAAGGAAUCAAGAACAGUAAAAGGCCUGUAGCAGUUGCAGUGUGAAAUGACCUCCAAAUGAUCCUGUUGUUUUCAAAAGAAAUUUAAGUACAAGCUCGGAAGCAUACUCAUCAUUUUCAUCUUCUCUUGUAUCAGAGAACAGAGAUAAACUAUUAAGCAAUCAAGUCUACGGGCCCCCUGUGAUGCAUAGAUUCUGUACCAUACAGGGGUUUGAUAAUUCGAACUUCAAGCCCUUGGCUCUGUAACAGAUCAUUCCAUCUUAAUGAAGAAUUUUCUUGUCUUCCCUUU